AUGCAGCCGAAGACUUACGUAGCAGCAAACGGCGAGUGCAGCCACACUGCGGGGGCCUCUGCCUUCUCAAGCGCGUUGACGUUCUCCAGCACUUUGCACACAGUCUCUUCGUGCGCCUGCAGCAGCAGCAGCAGCAGCAGCAGCAGCAGCGGCACGGGCAGCUCCCUUGAGCAGCAGCAACGGGCACAAAGGCAGCAGCGCCAGCAGCAGCAGCGCCUUCAGCCCCCCCAAAGCAGCUCUCCCUUGGUUUUCGCUGCCCCCGCCAGCCCGGCGCAACAGCAGCAACAGCAGCAGCAGCAGCAGCAGCAGCAGCAGCAGCAAGGACGCACUGCCGUCUGGACGGCCUGGAGAAAGGCCUGCAGCGUGACGUUGGCCCUGAUGAGCAGCAGCUUUCGUCUCAGUGCAAAAUCGGAGUUGAAGGAGACACAAAGUUUGCGGAGACAAGCAGCUCUUGCUGCUGCUUCUGCUGCUGACCCGGAGGGCCAGCACGGCAGCAGCAAACCCUCCCGCUGCAGGCACGGCUGCAGCACGCGCAAGCACCGGCAGCAGCAGCAGCACUGGCUGCAGCAGCAGCAACAGCAGCAGCAGCAGCACUAG